AUGAAGCAAGAUCCCACUGAUACUCCACAGGUGUCCAAGACCAAAAAGGAGUUUGAGUCUAGCAUCUCGGAAAGCAUCCUUCAGCCUCGAGAUGGAGAUGCUCCUGUCAAAAUGCUACAUGAUGAUCAUGGACAAGCGAACAACUCAUUGAUCAAGGUAGAGAAGCAUGACCCUGAUUUGGGAGUUGUUCUUGAAGACCAGAAGGCAGCUACUAGUAUCAAUCAAGAACCAUCCUCCGAGGAUAUCGAUAUGCUCUUGGCCCCUGCAAUCAAUCCAACUAAGCCAUCGAUCAAGGUUAAGAAAGCUGAUCCUGAUUUGAUGCCUGGUCUGGAAGACCAGAAGGCUGCCACUGGUGUCAAUCAAGAACCACUCUUUGAGGAUAUCGAGAUGCCCUUGGCCCCUACAAUCAAUCCAACUGAGCCGCUGAUCAAGACUGACCAGGGUGACAUUGAUCUAGCAGCUGGUCUGGAAGUCCAGAAGGCUGUCACUGAUUUCAAACAAGAGCCGUCUUGUGGGGAUACUGAGAUACCAUUGGCCCCUGAAAUCAAUCCAGUUGAGCCAUCGAUCAAGCUCGAAAAGCCUGACCCUGAUUUAGCUGGCAUUGGCAAAUGGAAUACGGCUACUACUGUCAAACUAGAGCCACCUUGCAAGGAUACGGAGAUGCCAUUGGCCCCCAAAAUUGAGCCAAAUGAACCAACCGCUAACUCUGAGCUUUCUGACUGUAAGCCCCGUCUCGCCUGCUUGGAUUCCAAAGAUAUUUUAGAGCCGCAUGCUCCGGACUCCCCUGAGUCUUCGGGCACAAAGCCACAAGGCCAGCUGUGCACUGUGUGCUUCAAAAGAUGGAAACAGUCACUGAAGCCCGGUGAGAGGCUGCUGGACUGUCAGAACAGCCAUGGGAAUUUGGCCCGCUGUGACAAGUGUGUCAGGCAGCAUUCUACAUGCGUACUACUCCCAUCUCAUCUAUUAGUGGACCUGCUCCUAUUGAAGCAUGAGAUGAAUAAUGCCUUGGAUGUGGGAGAGGCGAAGGAAGAAAAGAAACGGUUCUACGAUGCGUGCUGGAAUGUAUCCAGGGAUAUUGAUCGAUUGCCCAAUUGGCCCAUCGUAUCACGCCUGCAAUUGAGCUUGAACAACGCAGGUAGGAAGAAGGCAGUGAAGCAAGAAUGGUCGUGGGAAAAUGCAGACGGAAUCGAGGCGAGAAAACGAGAAUACCAAGAGAAGAACACAGACAGAAUGAAGGUGAUAAGACAAGAAUGGAAGCAGAAAAACCCAGACAAAGUUAAAUCUUACUCUCAAAAUCACUGGCGGAAGGACGCAGACAUAAUCAAAGCGAGACAACGAGAAUGGAAGCGCAAAAACGCAGACAGAAUCAAGGCGAGACGACGACAAUACCAAAAGAAGAACGCAGACAGAAUCAAGGCGAAAAACCGAGAAUACCGAGAGAAGAACGCAGACAGAAUCAAGGCGAGACGACGACAAUACCAAAAGAAGAACGCAGACAGAAUCAAGGCGAAAAACCGAGAAUACCGAGAGAAGAACGCAGACAGAAUCAAGUCAAGACUGCAACAGAAGUAUAAAAUGAAAGAAACCUUAUCAGUCCAGAAAUCGGAGGAUCGGUUCAAGCAAGAGGAGGCCAAGCAAGAGGAGGCCAAGCAAGAGGAGGCCAAGCAAGAAGAGGCCAAGCAAGAGGAGGCCAAGCAAGAGGGGGUUAAGAAAAAGGAGGUUAAGAAAAAGGAGGUUAAGAAAGAGGCCUAG